GUCUUUCGGCGGUGCUAAAGCACGAAUAACAGACAGCCAGUUUGCAGCAGCAGUCUCGGUAUCAACCGAGGAGAGAACGAAUCGGGGAGAGGGGAAAAGGAUUCACACAGCCCUGAAUGAAUCAUGGCCACUGAAACAGUAUCUUCUUGUACAGGAUCCAACUUAUUGCAGCCGAUCAGCAAGAUUAUAAACCUCCCUCUAGACCAGGUGAACUUUGUGGUGUGCCAGCUCUUCGCUCUGCUCACGGCCUUCUGGUUCCGGCUCUACCUGCACCCCAGGAAAAGCAGCCCGCUGGUCAGGCAUGUGGUGGCCACUCUCCUGGGCUUCUACCUGGCCCUCUUCUGCUUCGGCUGGUAUGCCUUACAUUUCCUGGUUCAGAGCGGACUCACCUACAGCAUCAUGAUCCUGGCUAGCCUGGAGCACAUGCACAAGUACUGCUUCGUGAUGGCGCUCGGGUACCUCAGCUUCUGUCAGAUCACCCGGGUCUACGUCUUCGACUACGGCAUGUAUUCCGCUGACUUCACCGGGCCCAUGAUGGUCAUCACUCAGAAGAUCACCAGUCUGGCGUUUGAGAUUCACGACGGAAUGUUCCGGAAGGAAGAACAGCUCAGCCCAAAUCAGAGAAUCCUGGCUGUAAGAAGGAUGCCCAGCCUCCUGGAGUACUUGAGCUAUAACUGUAACUUCAUGGGGAUCCUGGCCGGUCCCACGUGUUCGUACAACGACUACAUCGCUUUCAUCGAGGGCACCGCCUACCACCAGAAACACCAGGAGUCCAACGGGAAGGAGAACGGGAAGUACAAGCAGAGCGAUCCCUCGCCAAAGAAAGACGUGAUCUACAAGCUGUGCACCUGUGCCAUCUCCCUGCUGGUGUACCUGUUCGUCUUCAGGAUAUGCCCCGUGGAUCGCAACAUCGAGGACGGCUUCAUCGCGUCCACGCCCUUCUACGGCCAGGUCCUCUACCUCUAUCUCUCCAUGCUGGCCACCAGACCCAAGUACUACUUCGUCUGGACUCUCGCCGAUGCCAUUAACAAUGCUGCUGGGUUUGGUUUCAAUGGAUACAACAAAGAUGGCACACCCAGAUGGGAUUUGAUAUCAAACUUGAGAAUACUGGACAUUGAGUUUGCCACCAGCUUUAAGAUGUUCCUGGAUAACUGGAACAUCCAGACUGCACUUUGGCUCAAAAGGGUGUGCUACGAGCGCUGUCCCUACAACCCCACCGCGGCCACGUUUUUGCUCUCCGCCAUGUGGCACGGGGUGUACCCUGGCUAUUACCUCACCUUCUUCACUGGCAUCCUGAUGACACUGGCGGCACGAGCGAUAAGGCACAAUAUCAGGCAGCACUUCUUGGGUUCAGCGACACACAAGUUGAUCUAUGAUGUCAUCACGUGGGUGGGAACCCAGAUCGCCAUUUGUUACACAGUCGUUCCGUUCGUACUGCUGGCGGUGGGACCAUCAUUAAAGUUCUACAGAUCGUGGUACUUCUGCAUCCACGUCCUCUGCUUGCUGCUGGUUGUAGCCCUGCCGGUGAAGCCCAGGGACCUGCGUCUGAAGGAGCAGCAGAACAGCCUGCAUCAGGCCCCCUGCGGAGAGGGCGUGGCCCAGAACAGCCACGCCUCCACGGACAACAACUGCAACCAGAAAGGGAAGAGCACAUGAUGAGGCGCGCGCUGAUGCGUUUUUCCCCUGGGAACAGUGCCCAGCUUCUUUUUUUUCUAAAGACAGACUGGCUGACAAGACAGUCAGACAAACUUAUAAAAAUAAAACCAACAACAACAAAAAAAAGUCAACCUUUCAGUAGCAGCAACACUCGGAGAGCGAUCGUGUUUUGUCUUGGGAGCGCAGAGCGCGUAGUGCCGGGACCGAGCGAAGCCAACCCGCGAAAAUUCGACGAGUAAUAAUAAACGAAAAACUGAAACUGUGUGGGACGACGGCGAAAUGGCGGUUUGCGGAGGAAUCCGAAGUGACGUGCUGAAAAGGAACAGAAGUUGCCUUAUACCCUCUGUCGGCAGUCAGGCGCGGCUGUCAGCACGGUCGGGUUUUUCCCAAUGGGAAAAGCCCACAGCGCUCUUGCAGUUCCAAACCCUUACAGCAGAGGGUGCCGUUUCUGUUUGGUUUGUAAUGGUGUUUAGAGGGUUUUGGUCAUUGUGGAAAUACACUAUCACCUCCAUUAGAAAAUAAUUUUUUUUUUUAAAUAGGAAAUUGUGAAAGAAAAAAUACAUUUUAAAGUUGCUGGAUGCCAAUCUACUCAAAUAGGCCUUAGGAUAUCCCACUCUUUAGCCAUCGUUUUGUUUACGUGAAGCUAACUGUUCCCGAGCCAAGAGGUCUUUCCAUCGUGUCCGUUCGUAUCCACUUCUUUCUUCAAACUGUGUGUGUCCCUCAGAAGCAAUGGCUUGCCAUAACUGAGCGUCCGUGCCCUGGCCCUUCAGUGCAGUGUCUGCAGUUUUAAGACACUGGCACACUGACUUACGGUACAGUUUCCCUGAAAAUCGCCUAUGUCCGGUGAAGAACCGAAGUGCGACGCUGAUUUGUAAUUUCUCGACUGAAAAGUUUGAUUGAAUGCGACGCUGGUUUGCGAUUAUCAAACUUUUCAGUCGAGAAAUUAUAAACCAGCAUCGCAUCCUUUCCCCAUUUGCGAUUUUUGUUGUGACUGGGUCAAAAGGGCUUUUGGGUUUUGGGUUUGGGAUUGGUUUGCACAGGUUCCUUCAGGACCCAGAAUCUUGCCUCCCUUUCCUUAACGUUGGUUUAGUUUGCGUCCUCGUCACAAACUGCACUAAGGUGUAUUCCUGCGCUCGAUAUCCAAAUUGGCCCUCCCUGAUUUGAUUUGUUUGCUGUUUAUUGUAGACCAACUUUCUUGUUUGAAUAUGGGUAAUAUAUUUAAGGAAAAAUAGUUUUCGACCCUUUUGACCUUUCAGUUUUGCACAAGUAUUCUAAAUAUGUCAAAAUUUAAAUGAGACACAAGUGAGUUCUUACCUUUUUUUGCGAAAUUGAUGAUGUCCUCAGUAUAAUUCGGUCAACAAAUGUGAAAUGCCAGCUAUAAUAUUUCAUACUAAAGUUCAGUAAAUUUCUACCUGUAAAUGAACCUUGGUUAGGCUUUAUAUUAAAUAUUGACUUUUCUGUUUCUUAAGAACCUUGUUUCUUGAGACACAUAAUGCUGAUUGUCCACCAGCUGUCCUUUGAAUGACCAGCCAGGCAAGCAUUUAAACUGUUCCUGCUUUUAAGAAAAUGGCAAAAAGGUAUUCAUCAGUAUCAUUACCAGCUCAAUCUAAGCAGGUUUGUACCUGUGAAUCAUCAUUGAUGAUGAACUGUGAACAUACAAAGCUGAUGUUUAACAGCAGAAUCCCAAAAAAAUCUAUACUGUUUUACUCUCACGUUCAGUCAAAAGCAAUAGAAUAAGAUCCACUUUAAGGUUACAGAUUGGUUGGAAGGUGAAAAUACAGGCAAGAAAACCAAAUUGUGAAAAUUUAAUGGCCACAGCUGUGCUCCACAUGGCCAUUUUAAACUUUAGAUUAAAUAACUGAAUGACCCAAUACAGUGUGCAUUUUCUUAGGCAUUAUUUUCCUUUAAUCAUGUAUCAAAGGACCUUAAUCUUACAUGCUGCUUGCUUGGUAAAUUCAGCCAUACUGUAAAUUCAGGAGAAUAUUUUGUAAAGAUUUAAAAUUCAAUGAGAGGAUUUUUAUCAACAGGAAAUGUCUUAUUGUCUUAAUUUUUUUUGCUAUGACAAUGACGAAACUAGCAAAAUCUGGCGCUGAUGUUCUAGGGUGGUUAUGUUACUGUAGAAGGGAGCCAAGGAACGGUUAUUUGUCUUGUAACUCUUCAGUUUACUGUCAAUUAACGGAAAUCAUGUUAUUGAAUUGUGUGUUUUAAUGGCCAGUCCAACUAAUGCAACAUUUUAAAAAUAGAUUUCUUUUUGUAUGGAUGCAUAUUGGAUUAAGUAUUUUAAAGCGUUUUGCUUUUUUCUCUGAAAGUGUGAAAGGUUCCACCAAAUUAUGGGUAAGAUUUCUAUGAGUCCGAUGGAAAGGUUGUGCAAUAUGUGCCCUGAACAAACCUGUUAUGCGUCUCUCCUUUUUAUGAGACCUCCCCUCCGUCCACUUUGGUCAGUGUCUCAGGCCCAGCUUUCCUACAACUCUCUCAGAUGUUCUGCAAAAUGCAUUGGACGCAUUCUAGAAUGUUCCGAGCUUGACAGAGAUCCCUGGGAUUUCACUGCACAAGUCUCCUGGUCCUACAGAAAGCAGCACAUACUUUCUGGGACUGGCAGACCCUACCAUGCGAACAUGAAGCGUGCGGGACUUGGUGUGACUUGGAGGGUGAUAACUUGUGUGGUGUAAAACUGACUUUUAUUUUUAUGGGACGGGGUUCAUCUGUGGCCUUCGGUAUGCGGCCCUCAGAACUUUGAGAUUUAGGCGUCUCCUUCGGAAGCUUGCACAUCCAGGGUCCAGGAGGGGACACGGAUAUCCUAUUUGAUGAACAGAUAUUCAGCUGUGUGUACCUGUGUGUUACAAUUCUGUUCCUGUAUUGUCAAAGCUCUGAUUCGUUGUCAUUUAUGAAUAUUCAUAAGACAUAGCGAAAGCCAGACCGGUCAUAGUUAAGACGACGUGACAACACUGAAUCAUUACCAGGAUGGAACACAUAGCUCGCUAACUGUCCAUUUUAACAGUCUCUAGAGAGACCUCAUUUUGCACAAACUAGCUGAUUUUGUGUCUUUGCUGCCAUUAUUGCCACAAUGCUGUCACUGCAAUAGUCCAAACCUAGCUUUUCUGAUAACCCAAGGGAUAUUUAAGGCUGCUCAGGUUUUUAAGCACACAAAAAUAUUUUCUCAGUGUAGAAAUGUUUGUUUUAAAAAAAAAUCAAAGAAUUGAAAAAAAAAUAAUCUGAAUAAAUGCCAGGACCAACAUGUUUUUUCUUUAGAAAACCUCAGCAUGUUGGAUGCAGUUUGAACCAUCAGACAGAGAGUUCCCAUAUCCUUUUAGUCUACUUUUCCAGCCAAAAUGACUGAUGAAUUCACACAUGUUGCUUUUCAUAUCCAUUAGGAGAAUUGGUGCCAUUUUGUUUGAAUAGGACAAUAAUUUUGCCACGCAAGCCAGCAGAUAAAUUUAUCAUGUUCCACUGUACGAAGUGCCAAACCAUUUGUGGUGUACAAUGUGUCCUGCCUCUGUUUCGGUGUGUGUGUGUGUGUAAAAUGUCUACAAUGUGUCCUGCCUCUGUGUGUGUGUUUAAUUGGGGGGUGGGGGUGGGGGGUCUGUUAGAUGGGUUACUGAAAAGAUGUUUAUUUCCUGUGAAAAUAGAUUCGAUAAAAUAGUUAUUUUUUUAAACACUUAGUAGAUCCAGAAAAAAAGAGAAGGACUCUCUUUUUUGCACUUUUUGUCAGUGGGGUCAGUAUUGUAGAGGUACACAGCAGGGAAUUCUGGGGAAUAAAUUAAGGGAAAAAGAAGAAAGAACCAAAGCGCACUUUCGUACACUCGUGGUCCGCCCUCUUUCUUCUUUAAAUGACUAACGAGAGUUGUAAGUAAAUUGGAUUGGAAAAUAGAAUUGAAAGGAAAGUGUUUUUAUUGCAGCUCGACUAUGAAUGUGUACAUUAAGUGUAUGCUUUGAAAGAAGUGGGGGCGGACCGUUUGCAGGGUUUAAAUUUAUGAUCCCCAAGAUAUCUGCUUUAGUAAUCAUACAUGUGCGUAUAUACAUGCAGAUACAUAUCUAUGUAUGUAUUUAUAGUAGGUGCAGUAUGUGUGUGUCAACGUAGAUAUAUACAUAUGAUAUGUAUAUAAGCGCCUGAAUGUGAUUCAGAUUCAGUCUCUUGUGUGAUAAGACUUAUCACACUGAAACACCAUUUAGGGAUAUAUAUUAUGGCGUUUGGAUGCUCGCUAUAUCAAGUGUUUCUCAUCAGUUUUACCCUGGUCUCCUCUUCAUUCUGGGACUCUGAAGGCCCAAAGCAGUUGUAUUAAUCGGUCUUGGUAUUGCAAAGUUUCACGUCAUCAUGUGCCGUGUCUGUCUGUGUGUGUGUACGUGUAGCGUGUGCGUGCCUGUGUUUAAACUCAUGUGUGUGUGCAGAGGUCUGUACUGACGAGAUUGCUGUUCUGAACUGGCUGCCACUGUGGACGUGACUAAGAGUUUUAUUGUAAGUGCAGAUGUGCCUGUGGUUUGAAUGGACUUUCGUGUGUGGUUGGAACCUUUGUCUGUCCCUCUCACAGUAGAUUUGAAGUGUAAUGAUUUACACUGACAGUGACCCUGUGGUCCUUACCCCUUUUCUAAAUGACAGCUUAUCACAUGCCCCAAUUUCCCACUUGCUGUCACCCUUCAGGUUCAGAAUUUAGAGCCAUACCAGUUGAUAGUCCCAUACUCAUUUACUUGGGCAUUCUGAUUAGCCUAGUCAUUCAUGUGUACAUUUAAUGAACAGUCAUCUGGAAGGAAGUGAACACAGGUGAAAGAGCAUGGCUUAUCCUUUUCUUUUCUUUGUUUGUUUCGCUAAUCUCUAGAACUGAAUCAAUAUUUUAGAAGUAUGUUGAUUGGUGGGUGGAGGGAUCAAACUUACACUAUUUUAGAUAUGCUGUUAUACUGAUGGAUAAUGACAACUAGUGGAUUGUAAGUGAUUCUGACCGCUUUGGGGAAGUACCACACUAACUGUUAUGCCAUGCUCUGGUUUACUUCUUUUUUUUUUUUUUUUUUUGGGCAGUGGUUCUUGACCAGGGUUCUGAGAAUGACUUCACAAUGAACCAGAUUUGCCUUUUCUCAGUUGACCUGACUGUUUUUAAAUUUUUUUUUCUCCAUGUUAUUGUGUUUUUGAAUACAUUUAUUUUUAAAACGAGUGACAGUUUAAUCUUAUUUACAAAAGAAAUGUAUUGUGGUGACAGUGUGUAUGCUCCAAAAUUGUCACUUUUUGUCAACACUGUGAUACAUUAAUCACUGUUUUAUAUUUUAUAGUAACAAGGCUUUGUAACAUUGUAGUGGCUGUACCAGGGGCAUUUGUACCUCUUUUGUCUACAUGUCUCAUUUGUAUUCUGGACAUUUGUUGGUGUGUGUGUUUCUUGGCAGUACUGAUUAAACCAGCUCAUACAGAG